UCCCCAAUUUCUUCACGAUCGAAACCCUAGAAUUCCACAAUGUCUAUGCUGGUGGACUGCUCCAAUUGCCACACAUCGUUGAAUCUACCUCCAGGAGCCCGAUCAAUAAGGUGUGCUCUAUGUCAAGCCGUUACUUCAAUCGCUGACUCCACUGGAUCUUCUCUUCCGACGUCUCCUUCCGGUGUUCAUCCGUUUCCUGGUUUGGCAGCGCAUAUGCCUUCACUAUCGCCUUACAACCAUGAUCCGCUGUCUUUUUCCGGUAUGUCUCCGUUUCCUGGUCUAGCGACGGAUAUGAAUUCACCGUCGCCUUACAACCAUGCUCCGCCGGGGCCUCCGCCGUCCGUACAUGGCAGGAAAAAGGCGGUGAUAGUCGGCGUAUCGUAUAAGUUCACCAGACACGAACUUAAGGGAUGCAUCAAUGAUGCUAAAUACAUGAAACAUCUUCUGAUUAGUAGGUUUCAGUUUCCUGAAGCUUCCAUUGUUAUGCUCACCGAAGAAGAAACAGAGAGUAGCAGGAUCCCAACCAUACGCAACAUGAGGAAUGCACUCUCGUGGCUAAUCCAAGGAUGUCAACCAGGAGACUCCCUUCUCUUCCACUACUCCGGCCACGGUUCACGGCAGAGGAACCGCAACGGCGACGAGAUCGAUGGUUACGAUGAAACCUUAUGCCCCCUGGAUUUUGAAACACAAGGCAUGAUGAUCGACGAUGAAAUCAACGCAACAAUCGUCAAACCUCUUCCUUUUGGCGUCAAACUUCAUGCAAUCAUCGACUCUUGCCACAGUGGAACUGUCGUAGAUCUCCCGUUCCUUUGCAGAAUGAACAGUUCAGGGCAAUAUGUAUGGGAGGAUCAUCGUCCUAAAUCGGGCAUAUGGAAGGGUAGCAGUGGAGGAGAUGUCAUAUCGAUUAGUGGAUGUGACGAUGAUCAAACAUCUGCGGAUACAUCGGCAUUAUCGAAGAUCACGUCCACGGGAGCGAUGACGUUCUGUUUUAUACAAGCUAUAGAACAUGGAAACGCUUCUACGUAUGGAACCUUGUUAACUUCAAUGCGUAACGCUAUACGUAAUGGAAGAAGAGGGGUUGGUGGCGUUAGUGGUGCUGCCGUGACUUCCGUCUUUGAUAUGUUAUCGGUCGGUGGCGGAGGAGGUGAUGGUGGUGGUGGCGGCGGCUUGACCACAAGUCGUGGUUUCGGUCAGGAACCACAAUUAACUGCUUGUGAGCCUUUCGAUAUGUAUACAAAACAAUUUUCCUUAUGAUACCGAUAACUUGCGUACAGGAUUCUCCCAUCUACUCUUCAUUUAGUUGUUUGUAAACCAUUAAUAUAUGUUGUAUUGGACCCUUCAUCGAUGAUAAAUUAAAUACCAAUUUAUGAUGUUAACGAUUAGAAAUAGCCCUAAGAAUGAGCAUCAAAUUGCAAUCGAGAACGGUGAUUUUGAUAUUACGCCCUGUUUUCCCCCAGAUUCAUUCACGGAAUCACCUACUCUAUCGAAUUCUAUUCACGACUGCACUUUUCCGCCAAGAAACCCUUGCUGUUUUUUCUACUUCAUUACUAGCAUCACUUAAGUAGCUCAUCUACAUCCAUCUCCUAUUCAGCAAUUGCCUUUCCUUGUCUUGUCCUCCCUUCAAUCCAAUUAUCUCUCCCCAGCUCUUUCAAGGGUUAAGUUGCCAUCAUCAGACUAUCUCCAGACCACCAUUGCUGGCAUUAUGGUAAAUUGGGUCUACACCAAAAAGCGAUAAGAGAUGGAAUUCACGGUUUCUAGAUGCAGGCAUACAACAAUAGAAACAUGUACGAGGGUAAAUUUCAACAAUGGUAAGUUCUCCUGCUUGUGGGGUUUACUACCAUUAAAUGAGUAGAUGAGACAUAGGUAACCAGGUUGUUGGGAAUUAUGACGGCCAUGAGGUUGAGAAUGGGCAACCGUAUGGGGGGCAAAAUGUCGACCAGCGUUUGAGAAAUGGGUUUGGGUGUAGGUUCUAUACCGGAGAUGUACGGUCAGAUGGGAAAGCCAUGGAUGUGUAGUUCAUACAGGAAUGGGGACACACACUGGAGAAUAUUUUGCAGACAACAUUGCAUGGAUUUGGGUCUACAGCAUGCAAACGGGCAUAUAUACGAAGGAUGAUGGCACAAAGGAUGAUGGCAGGCUUGGUACGUAUACUUUCAGAUAUGGUGAAACCUAAUCUGGUUACUGGCACAACAGCAUCAUUGKUACUACAAGUUCACGAAGGUCAACACAUCAAGUAUCUCCUAUUUCCGUCUAUACUUCUAUGGUUCUAAACAUAGUCCACAUAAAUGGAACUACUGUUUCUGCUUGAUGUCAGAUUGUAUAUUAAUGGAAGCUAAUAAAGCACAACGAGCAGCAGAGAAAGCAUAUGAUGUAAGCCAAAGUGGAUGUAAGGGUUAACAGGGCGGUAGCAUCCACGACAGAUCGCCCAGUGCUGUUAGAGUUGCUGCAGCAAAGGCAGUGCAAAAUAACAGCCCAACAGAAGUAACUGUGAUGAUCCUAAUAACAACAUCUAUCAUAUAUCAAACCAACUGGUUCCAAGAGCCUAAU